CAGCAUGCCACAGUGGCCACUGUCCUUUCAGAGAAAGGUUAGAGCGUCUGGCCCGCCACUGCAUCCCCAUGUUGCCAGCUCCAGCCAGGGAUGGCCUCUAUCGACUGACCACCUACCUGGAAGAACUUGAUGCUGGGGAACUGAAGAAAUUCAAAUUAUACCUGGGGACCGCAAUGGAGCUGGGCCAGGACAAGAUCCCCUGGGGACGAAUGGAGAUGGCUAGUCCUCUGGAAAUGGCCCAGCUGAUGGUGACCCAUAUGGGGACAAGAGAGGCUUGGCUGCUGGCUCUCAGUACCUUUGAGAGGAUCCACAGGAAGGAUUUGUGGGAGCGAGGACAGGGAGAAGACCUGGUGAGGGUCCCUCCGAAUAAUGGUUUGUGCUCCCUCGAGAGCCAAUCAGCUUACCUUUUGGAUGUCUCGCCUGGUGCUUCAAGGAAAGAUCCCCGGGCAACCUACAAAGACUAUGUCCGAAGGAAAUUCCGGCUAAUGGAAGACCGCAACGCCCGACUAGGCGAAAGUGUCAACCUGGGCCAUCGAUACACUCGGCCUGUCCUAGUAAAGGAACACUCAAAUCCCAUCUGGGCACAGCAGAAACUUCUGGAUACAGGGUGGGGACAUGCCAGAACGCGGGGCCACCGGGCUAGCCCUAUCCAGAUAGAGACCCUCUUCGAGCCAGACGAAGAACGCCCUGAGGCACCACGCGCGGUGGUGUUACAAGGAGCAGCGGGGAUGGGGAAGUCCAUGCUGGCCCACAAAGCGAUGUUGGACUGGGCUGAUGGGAGGCUCUUCCAAGGCCGGUUCGAUUAUGUCUUCUAUAUCAGCUGCAGGGAGUUGAACAGAAGCCACGUGCAGUGCAGCGCACACGACCUCAUCUCCAGCUGCUGGCCGGAACCUGAAGCACCCCUCGAGGACCUCAUCCGGGAUCCUGAUCGUCUCCUGUUCAUCAUUGAUGGCUUCCAUGAGCUUCAUCCUUCUUUCCAUGAUGCUCAGGGUCCCUGGUGCCCCUGCUGGGAGGAGAAAGGACCCACAGAAAUCAUCCUCGGCAGCCUGAUCCGGAAGUCACUUCUGCCUCAGCUCUCUUUGCUCAUCACCACUCGACCCUGUGCUCUGGAGAAACUUCACGGCCUGCUGGAACACCCCAGGCACGUAGAGAUCCUGGGCUUCUCCGAGGCAGAGAGGAGGGAAUAUUUCUACAGAUACUUCCAUGACACCGGACAGGCGAGCCAAGUGUACAGUUUCAUGACGGACAACGAGCCCCUCUUCACCAUGUGUUUUGUCCCUAUGGUGUCUUGGGUGGUCUGCACCUGCCUCAAACAGCAGCUGGACAGUGGGGAGCUUUUAAGGCAAACAUCUAGGACCACCACAGCAGUUUAUAUGUUCUACCUUCUGAGCUUGAUGCAGCCCAAGCCGGGGACCCCAACCUUCAAAGUUCCAGCCUACCAGAGAGGCCUUGUCUCUCUGGCUGCAGAGGGCCUCUGGAAUCAGAAGGUUCUAUUUGAGGAGCAAGACCUUGGGAAACACGGCCUAGAUGGAGCAGAUGUCUCGACCUUCCUCAAUAUGAACAUCUUCCAGAAGGACAUCAAGUGUGAGAAAUUCUACAGCUUCAUCCACCUGAGUUUCCAGGAAUUCUUUGCAGCCAUGUACUGUGUGCUGCAUGGCAGAGAGACGGUGAGAAGAGCACUGGCUGAAUACGGCUUCUCAGAAAGGAACUUCUUGGCCCUCACUGUCCGCUUCCUGUUUGGUCUCCUCAAUGAGGAGAUGAGAUGCUACCUGGAGAGGAAUCUAGGCUGGACCGUCUCCCCUCAGGUCAAGGAGGAAGUGUUGCUGUGGAUCCAAGACAAGGCUCGCAGUGAAGGCUCCACCCUGCAGCGUGGCUCCCUGGAGCUCCUCAGUUGCCUGUAUGAGAUCCAGGAGGAGGACUUCAUCCAGCAGGCCCUGAGCCACUUUCAGGUGGUUGUAGUCAGCAACAUCUCAACAAAGAUGGAGCACGUGGUUUGCUCGUUUUGCGUGAGGUUCUGCAGGAGCACAGAGGCGCUUCAUUUGCAUGGGAGCGCUUACGGUGCAGGCACAAGGGAUGACACCCCAGAACCUUCAGGAGCCCAGACUGUGUCUGAACACUCACAGAAGAGGGACUUGCUUCCUGACAUCUACAGUGCACACCUCUCAGCAGCCGUCUGCACCAACCCAAACUUGAUUGAGCUGGCCCUGCACCGAAAUGCUUUGGGCAGCCGGGGCAUGCGGCUGCUCUGUCAAGGCCUCAGACAUGCCAACUGCAAGCUUCAGAACCUGAGGCUGAAGAGGUGUCAAAUCUCCAGAUCAGCCUGCCAGGAUCUUGCAGUGGCUCUCAUUGCCAACAGGAAUUUAAUCAGGCUGGACCUCAGUGGCAACAGCAUUGGGGUGCUAGGCCUGAAGCUGCUCUGUGAGGGGCUGCGACACCCCAGAUGUAGGCUGCAGAUGAUCCAGCUGAGGAAGUGUCGGCUGGAGGCUGCAGCUGGCGGAGAGAUGGCAUCUGUUCUCAGCAACAAUUCACAUUUGGCAGAGCUGGACCUGACAGGAAAUCCUCUGGAGGAUCGGGGACUGCAGCUGUUAUGUCAAGGGCUGAGGCACCCAGUUUGCAGGCUGCGGACUUUGUGGCUGAAGAUCUGCCACCUUGGUCAAGCUUCCUGUGAAGAUCUGGCCUCGACCCUCAGCAUGAACCAGAGCCUGACAGAGCUGGACCUGGGUCUGAAUGACCUUGGGGAUUCUGGGGUGCUGCUGCUGUGUCAGGGCCUCAGGCAUCCGGACUGCAAACUCCAGACGCUCCGGUUGGGCAUCUGCCGGCUGGGCUCAGAGGCCUGUGCAGGGAUUGCCACCGUCCUGCAGAUCAACACUUGCCUCCGAGAGCUGGACUUAAGCUUCAAUGACUUGGGAGACAGGGGCCUGUGGCUCCUGGGGGAAGGAAUGAGGCACCAGGCCUGCAGACUCCAGAAGCUGUGGCUGGACAGCUGUGGCCUCACCUCCAAAGCAUGUGAGGACCUGUCUUCUAUCCUGGGAGUCAACCAGACCCUGAGUGAGCUCUACUUAACCAAUAACGCUCUGGGAGACAGUGGUGUUGGACUGCUGUGCAGGAGGCUGAGACAUCCAGGCUGCAAACUUCGAGUCCUGUGGCUGUUUGGAAUGGACCUGAACAGAACAACCCACGGGAGACUGGCAGCACUUCGAGUCACAAAACCGUACCUGGAUAUUGGGUGCUGAGCACUAGUUUGUAAUCAGAAUGGACCCGAACAGGACCUUUAUUCCCUCGGACGGCUAUGAGAAUACUUGAGAACUUUUAAGAUGAGCCUUAAAAAGUGGUGAGGUCGGAACUGGAGAGAUAACUCAGCAGUUAAGAGCUCUUCCAAAGGACCAGGGUUCAAUUCACAGCAAUCACAUGGCAGCUCACUGCUGUCUGUAAUCCCAGUUCCAGAGGUUCUGACACCCUCGCCCAGACAUACAUGCAAACAAAACACCAACGCAUGUGAAAUAAAAUUAAGUUUCAAAUAAAAACAGAUGAGUGGAUAAUGAUCACACAUUCAAGGUCAUCCUCAGAAACCAGCUAGGACUGCUAGUCUUGAGUCAGGAGGCCCACAAAAUACAGGCUGACAAAAAUGUUGAGACCUAAACACUCAAUCUUCGAUGAAGAUCUUGGGAUUUGAUGCAGACCCGUGCAGACAGUUAACAUAGAAAUUGGCUGGUUAGCAAG